AUGUCUUCGAAAAUUAAUAUCGGAUUUAUCGGUUUGUCGAAAGGACGUUGGGCUGAACAUGCGCAUGCAACCUAUCUACAAAAUUCGUCGAUUUACAAGAUCAAAGCAUUAGCUAAUUCGACACUUGAAUCUGCAAAAUCUGCUGCAGAAACUUUCGGUAUUGAUAAAUACUACGGUACACCAGAAGAAUUAGCUCAAGAUCGAAAUGUUGAUACCGUUGUUGUUUCGGUUAAAGUUCCAUUGCAUAAACAAUUGAUUAUGCCUGCUAUACAGCAAGGAAAGAAUGCGAUUGUCGAGUGGCCUCUCGGCCGAAAUCUUCAAGAAGCCGAAGAAUUGACGGCAUUAGCACGAUCAAAAGGUAUAAAAACCAUGGUGAUAUUACAGGCACGACAAUCAUCGGUGAUCAAGAAAAUGAACGAGAUCGUCGAUUCGGGAAAAUUAGGAAAGAUUCUAUCCAUACAUAUUUAUGCUAGUGGUGCGGCUUGGGGAUCUGCAAUUGAUACGGCCAAUGCUUAUGUUGCUAAUAUUGCAAAUGGAGUAACGCUGACUUCUGUACCUGGAGGUCAUACAUUGGACGCUAUGUGUUAUGUUUUUGGGGAAUUUAAAUCGGUAACAGCAACAAUGCAUAAUGCAAGAAAGACAAUCGAAGUUCGAGAUGAGAAAGGAGAUACAAUUCGCGAGGAGCCAAUGACAUCUCAUGAUCAAAUGAGUGUCAGUGGACUCUUAACUUCUGGUGCAUACGCAUCGAUACAUUUACGUGGUGGAUCGUAUAAAGGCACGAAUCUUCUUUGGGAAGUCGAAGGUACACAAGGUGAAUUGCAAAUUAGAGGUACAACUGGACAUUUGCAACUUUCCUCACCAACAUUAUUUGCAAGUUUCAAUGGUGAAGAUCUAACCGAAAUAAAGCUCGACGAGGAACACGGUGCUCAUGUCAAUGUUGGUCGAGCUUACGAUGAAUUUGCUAAAAAGGACGGUAUUUAUCCAAGUUGGGAAGACGCCGUAGUUCGUCAUCAAAGAUUACUGGCAUUCUGUGUCAUUGCACAACUUGCACCAACAUGGAUCCUUUGGACUAUAAACAAGCAAACGAGAAUGAAUACUUGGCAUAGUGGACUUUUUGAUUGUUUUUCCGACUGGAACAUAUGCUGUUACGGUUGUUUUUGUCCAGCAUGUUUAUUUGGUGAAAAUGCAGAGAAAAUCGAUGGAAGCAGUUGUUGUAAUUCCGGCUGCUUAUGGUAUCUCAUGUCUGGAUGGGGUUUAUGCUGUGUAACGCACAUAGGAAAACGCAAAGCUUUACGUGAGCGUUUCAAUCUUGGAGAAGAUUGUAACGAUUGUUUAGCGACAACAUUCUGCUCCGUGUGUGCUAUUUGUCAGGAAGCGCGUGAACUUAAACAUCGGCUACUAUCAACGGAAGGUAGACCAGUGGUAGCUCAACCAAUGAGUACUGCCUACAAUUCGUUCGGGCAAUCUGAACUGAAGAAAUAA